AUGGGCGAUAGCUACCCGCAUCGUUCUCAGCACAUACCCGGGCACUCUUCGCUACCACCACAGGAAGCCCAUGUGCCGGGCGGAACCCCUGCACCCUCAUCGACGACCGGUAAUCGUUACUCUGUGCAAGCGCAGGACCCGCGCCUUCUGGUAGCCAUCCCGGUAGGCACGGCCGUCCCUGGCGCUACAGAGGCCCCCAUUGGGUUGUAUCAGCCUCCGGCUGGGAUUUACAACACACAAUCGUGGCCGGGUGAAGGCACCACCAUGGCCCCUGAAGUAUACAACAACAAUGUUGAUCAGCCCAGCAAUGACGUCCCAGCAACGAUGGCUUACCUACACGACUCCACUUCGUAUCACGCCACACCAUACGCGCCAGUAGCGACGCCAGCUUAUUCUAUGGCGCCACCUCCAGUGCCUACGCGGCCACCCACCGCGUACUCGUCACGUGCAGUUCGCCAACGUAGCCGCGCCGGGCGCAUGCUCUCGCGUGCCCGUGCCCACAUCGACAGUGUCCACGAGAGCACCAGCGGAGCAGAGGCGAGCUUUGUCGUAGAAGUCAUGAUGCACUUCACAACGCGCACGGGGAUUCAACAACUGGUUCAGAGCAUGACGGUGAAGGUUGGGGACAGAAUGUUGACCCGCGGCUCGCGUUCUCAGACGCGCUUCGGGGACUCGGGCCGGGCGCUGGCCUCGCGGUAUACGCGUUGCUCGCAUCCGUUACAAGACUUGACCCGGGCUACCAUCUUCCCCGAUUCUUCCGCAGCAAGCUCGCCUACAAUGUCACCUAUCCAAAAUCUGCCCGAAGAUGUGCUUCAUGACCUAUUCAAUUGGCUGUCGGUCAUCGAUCAACCUACUCUAUUUUCGCCGUCGGUCAUCGAUCAACCUAUAACCCUAUUCUCGCCGCCGGUCAUCGAUCAACCUCCUCUAUUCUCGCGCACCAUCGGUAACAGACCCCCGCUCGUCAAGACGUCACUCGGCUGGAUCACCGCAACGCACGUCUGUCGACGAUGGAGGAGUUCGAUCUUGAGCAUGCCGUUCCUAUGGGCUGCUAUCGCUGGCGGCGUGUCCGCUUCACAACCGACAUGCGAGACCUUCAUCGAACGCGCGGGACAAGCCCCGUUGCACUUCUGGGAAUGGCAUCUUCGUCAGUUUGGACGAAUAGAGUCUCAUACAGACUAUUCGGGAACUCCUGUGCGCAGCACAAUCGCGCGGCUCACGCCUCGAUAUAGCGGUCGCCUCGAAAGGCUGGCGUUAUACAUCUCGGGACGUCGACAAACGGGUUACAAUGGCGUGGUACCCGACGAUGACGAGCUUGCCAUUGUGGACGGUUGCUAUUUUCCUCAGCUUAAGAACUUUUACUUGGAAUCAGACGUCCUUCGUGUGCGAUUUACUGCUGCAUUCGAAGCUCCGAAGCUUGAAAGCCUUCAUAUGGAUGGCAUCUUCCUCGCAUUCCGAGCGCCCGUUCUGCGCUUCUUGCGCAUCAGCAGUCGUCAACUGGUAUCCUUUGGAAUAAUGCUGGAUAGCAUUGCGUCUUCCCCGCUCUUGGAAGAACUUGAGCUCUACAAUGUCUCGAUGGAUAACGCAUCACCAUUCCCACACUCUCAUGAGAUACGGCUACCUCGCCUUGCCGUUUUGCGCUAUCAGGGAGAGCAUACGCCGUUCCGACUGUUGCGAGAAGCUAUAGAUAUUCCGCAAACCGCACUGCUAUCGCUUGGUCUUUCGGGGACCACCGAGUCCGAACUCGCCAUAAUCGCAUACGCUCGUGACUUCAUUUCACAGCCUAUGCACGAUUCUCUAAGGCUCUCGUUCAGUGAUGACGACAACCCUCAGACAUUUCACGUCCAUAUAUAUCAAUCAACUGCUGUCUCCCAGCACUCCGCGGCGAACGGGAGACGCUCCCGUUCCGGCGUACACGCCUACCUCCGAGUCCAGGCCAUCUGGUCGCAGGCUCACAAGACACAAAGGUUGGUAGCGGCAUUGCUCGCUGCGACAGAACUCGUUAACAUACGCUACCUUGAUCUCGACCGGAUCGCCGGCGCAACCUUCGUAAUUGAAGAGAUGGCUAUGUUCCAACGAGUUCUGCGAACCCUCACGGAUGUCACAUCUGUUUUUGUCGGGCGGGAGAGCGACCUGGACUUCGCGCACUGGCUUCUGUGUCCGAACGCCCCUGCCACCCCCCUCUUCCCUCACUUGCGCUCACUGGUUCUCAAACAUCCUCGAGAUACCAUACCCCAAUUGACGAGCAGCUCGUUGAAGGUCUUGUAUGGUUUCAAUGGACCGAGACAGCACAUUAAGAUGAAAUGGAACGCUAUCAUUAAUCUUUGCACGGACCUCCGUGAACGAGGAGUUCCUCUCACACACAUCUAUAUGACUACGUAUAGCGCUGCGGAGAUCGACUGCGACGAUGUUCAAGUUGCGCUAGAUGUACAGGAGCGAUGUCUCGAGCGUGUUCGGGGAUUGGUCGAGAAUGUUGUAAUCGUUGAACCCGUAGACCAGUAG